UUGUCCGCCAUCUUGACCUUUGUUGGUUACUUGGCCAUACGCAACGUCGCGUAUUCGUAAAGUGUGACUUUAACAGUUUUCUUAGUUUUUUUUUAUUAAACACGUUGUAGUAUAAUAUUGUGCAGUUUACUGUAAUUGAACAUUUGUAUUGUUUGCUUUUUGUGUCUGAAAUAAUUCAGAGCAUUUAGCUAUGCAGAUGCAAGGGAUGAAUCAAUUUGGAAAUAGAGGGUACGGCGGACCACCGCAGCCACAGCGUCAAGGGGGUCGCCGAGGAAAUAAUCGCGGAGGUUUUCGUAAUUCUAGAUUUGAACACAACAAUCAAAAUCAAAGAAACCAAAAUCAUGGACAAGGAGGUCAACGGCCUAAUAUUGAACCAGUGAAACAGGCUGUGCCUGACAAGCAACCUCAACCGGUAGUCCAACAGAAUCAACAACAACCUCAACAAUCUCCACAACAGCCUCAACAGCAACAACAACAACAACAGCAGCAGCAGCAGCAAAAAUUAAAUCAGUCCAAAUCUCAGGAUGAUGUUGACAAAUCUAUUGGGAGUGAAAAAAACACACAAGGACCUAGUCCUAACCAGAACCAAUUCCAAAAGAACAUCAAUGGAAACUUUGGCGGGGGAAAUAAAUCGGGUGGAACAUGGAGUCAAGGAGGUCCAGGCAAUAGACAGAAUCAGAAUCAGAACCAACACCAAAACCAAAAGCAGUUUGGUCUCAAGCAGCAAGGUGGCAUUGGUGGUGGCCCGGUACGCAACCAGCGCCAUAGCAUGAGAGGCCAGCAGGAUGGGAAGACAGUGCAGCGUGAGGACCAUUUCUUGUUAAACAAACUCAAAGAGCUUGUUGGACCCAUGAUAGAUUUGCCUCAAAUUGACCAAACAGAACUAAAAUUCAAUGGUAGAAGCAGACUUUACAUUGGUAAUUUAACAUCUGAUGUUACCGAAGAGGAGAUUAUGAAUUUGUUUGGGCAGUUUGGUGAAGCUGCAGAAUUGUUUCUUAACAAGGAAAAGAACUUUGGAUUUAUCAAAAUGGACUACAGGGUCAAUGCAGAAAAGGCAAAAAGGGAGCUUGAUGGUAAAAUGAGGAAUGGUCGUUCUCUAAGAGUGAGAUUUGCUCCACACAAUUGUGCAGUCAGAGUUAAAAAUUUGCCUCCAUUUGUAUCAAAUGAACUUCUCUUUAGAGCCUUUGAAAUAUUCGGAAAAAUCGAAAGAGCUUAUGUUAGAGUUGAUGAAAGAGGGAAAACUUUAGGAGAGGGUGUCGUGGAGUUUGCCCGCAAACCAAGUGCUCUGUCUGCAAUCAGGAAUUGUACUGAGAAGUGCUUCUUUUUAACAUCGUCCUUGCGCCCAGUAAUUGUUGAAAGCUAUGAAGAACCAGAUGAGUUUGAUGGCUACCCAGAAAAGAAUCUACCCAAGAAACAUCCAGAAUUCCUUCGUGCUCGGGAGAUGGGACCCCGUUUCUCUGAAUUGAACAGCUUUGAACAUGAAUAUGGAACAAGAUGGAAGCAAUUGCAUGAACUUCACAGACAGAAAGAGGAAGCACUCAAAAAAGAAUUGGCAGCUGAAGAAGAGAAGCUUGAAGCUCAGAUGGAAUAUGCCAAUUGUCCACAGGCACAAAGGUUGAAUUCAAUGUUGGAUAGACAAGAACAGGGGAUGUUUGAUCAGCAGCAGCCAAUGGAAGGAGGCUUCAGAGAGCAGUACGACAUGCCGCGCGGGGGCUAUGACGACAUGCCGCCGCAGACGCGCGGUUGGGAGGGGCCCCGCCAUAUGGACGAUUACCCUAACAAACGCCGUCGGUUCUAACUACCCCCUCACGUGACGUCACAAAACACGUCACAUUUGACUGCAUUAGCAGCAUCAAAACCCGUUUCUUAACCAUUGGGUUAGUCGCGAUUAAGAGUUUAUAUAUUAUUUUAUAAGACCAGCGGCAACAGAAAUUCUCUUCUGUAAACUAGUAUCGGCUAUAGCAUAUUUAGAUUUUAAAUUUGUGGUAGGUAAUUACCGAAUCAAGUGCACACAUGCAAGGCAAGUCGAAAGGGCUUACAAUUUGCAUAUCAGAUUUUACUUUUAUAUUUGCCCAACUGACUCAGGAGGAUAAAGUAUAAAAAUAU